CUAAUAUAUGUACCCAAUGGGUAGUUACUUCCUUCAAAAAUUAUUUUUCUAGGUCGCGGGGAUAAGGCGGCAGUUUGGUCCUUUCGCGACUCAUCAUGCUCUGAGAGAAGCUGUGCAGCAAUUGCUGAAUUGCUCAAAAGAUGAUGCUCUUGUGCUAAAUCUUGUACAACCAGCAGCUGUUACUCAGAUCCUCUCUGUCACAGUAGUGGCAUCAUCUCCACCAAUGAAACAAUGGACAAUUGAUAAGGUAGCCGCUGAGUUGCGCAAAUUGCUAGAUGAAGCAGUUGUGGCGAAAUUUAUCGAGCAGGUAGGGUAUAGCAUGUGUUUUUCUAUGUCUGUGAGGUUCUACAUGUAA